GAGAGAGAGAGUUGCCGCGCGUCGCCAGAACGUGAGGACAGCAGCGGGCCGGUGGUGGAGUGGCGGUAGAGUGUGGGUGUUGUAGAAGUGUCAUAAGGGUAAGUGUUGGAGUGUGGCCCUGCAGAGUGUUGCGUCUGGCGUGGCGGUGAGGAGGUGAGGAUUCCUGACGCCGGCCACUACCACCAUCAGCAGGCUCCGGGGGCCGCAGGAGUGUGGCAGAGCUACCCACUGCUGGGGCCUGCUGGCCAACCUGCUAUUUUUACCUUCUUGGCCUGAUAAUUUUGGCGAGGUUGGCAGGCAGCGGGGCCGCACACGCCACCAGUCCUGGGCUGUGGUGAGCGCCGAAUGGACGGGCUGGCUGUGGCGGCGUGGGCGUGCUGGUGUUGGCUAUUUACUGUGCAUCCCUGUGAGGCGUGACUUGCGGCGGGUGGGAAGCGGCGGCCUGCCCCGGGAGGAGGUGCCCUGAGGCAGUCUGACCUGGCGAGGAGCGAGGUGGUGUACCAAGGCCAAAUCUGAGACUGCUAUCGGACCUGAGCUACUGUAUACCCCGGACUACUGCAUCCUUUAGUUCCCGCCGAUGUAUGCACCCGGAGUAUAAUGCCGCGGCGCCCACACCUCCGCCCGGCACCGAGUGGCGUGUACGGGCGUGCGGGCGUGUACAUGCUGGCGAGCCAUGGUGCGGCCUCGGCACGCCCGUGAGGAAGGGCCGCGCCCGCCCACACCCACGACCUACUGACUGACCUUACUAUUCGUGCGCCCACCAACAUCCUCACACCGGCAAGAUGGUUGUGUCGGAGGGUGCUAUCAACAACAUCAUGGGGGGGAUGGAGAACACCGCGGGGGUGCGUCUCCACUCCCACAGACACAAACUCAAGCAAAGAUUUGACAUAAUCCGGAAACUGGGACAGGGCACAUAUGGCAAGGUGCAGCUGGCCAUCAACAAGGAGACUGGACAGGAGGUGGCCAUCAAGACCAUCAAGAAGGCCAAGAUUGAGACAGAGCAGGACCUCAUACGCAUCCGCAGAGAAAUCCAGAUUAUGUCAUCUGUUCAGCACCCACAAAUCAUCCACAUCUAUGAAGUAUUUGAGAACCGUGAGAAGAUGGUGCUUGUGAUGGAGUAUGCAGCUGGUGGUGAGCUGUAUGACUACUUGAGUGAGCGCAAGGUGUUGUCUGAGGAUGAGGCAAGGAGGGUAUUCCGCCAUGUGGCCUCAGCUACUUAUUACUGUCACAAGCACAAGAUUUGUCAUCGGGAUCUCAAACUCGAGAAUAUCUUACUUGACCUUGAAGGAAAUGCCAAGAUUGCAGACUUUGGACUGUCCAAUGUGUUUGAUGAAAAGCAUCGUCUGGACACCUUCUGUGGCUCUCCACUCUAUGCCUCUCCUGAAAUUGUCAAGGGCAUCCCAUACGUUGGCCCAGAGGUGGACUGCUGGUCACUGGGUGUGCUGCUCUAUACACUGGUGUAUGGAGCCAUGCCCUUUGAUGGCUCAAACUUCAAACGACUGGUGAAGCAGAUCACUCAGGGAGACUACUAUGAGCCUAAGAAACCCUCACGUGCAUCUGAACUCAUUAGACACAUGCUGACAGUCUCUGCUAGCAAGCGAGCCACAGUUGAAGAGAUCUGCAGCCACUGGUGGGUCAACGAAGGCUUUGAGGAGCCUUGCCUAAUGGUGGCUGAGGCAUUGGCCAACCAAACCCCUGUGCGCCUUGACCUGCUGCUGUCCCUUGCCCCAAAGCACAUCAACUCAGAACACAUGCUGAUCCAGCCCGAGGAAGAUGACAACAGUGCCAGAGUUAGUGUGCUUAGGUCCCCGCCAAACUCAGAGGCAGCGCGCCCACCACCCAACCUCAAGCUCCCUCCUCCACCCCCAGCCGAUACUGCUGCUCCAGUCACUCCAGCCCGCUCAGCCUCCCUUGGGGCUCUUGACUCCAUCAGCACCAAUGAGAUAGAGGCCCUGGUGGCACAAAAGAUCCAGAAGCGCAAGGAGGAAGAAGAAGAGGAGGAGGAAGAGCGAAAAAGGAAAGCUGUUGAUGAGAGUGGUACAGUGGAGCGUCGGAAGAAGAAGCGUGAUGCUUCAGAUGCUUCAAUCAAAGCUGGACGGAAGGAGCAGAAGCGUAGUGAAGAGGUAAGCAGUGGCACAAGACAGCCUCCCACUGGCACAGAAGGGGAGUCAGCGGAACGCAGGAAGACUUCGAGGCGGAAGGAGGCAGGAGAAAUUGAGGAACAGGAGAAGGCUGAGCAGAAGAAGAGUGCAGAGAAGAAGCGCGAGUCCCUGCUGGAGGAUGGGGAAGCAAAUGACGUAAGUGAGCAGUCAGAGAAGCGGAAGAGCAUGAGGAAGGUGGAGAAGAUGGAUGGAGAGAAGGUAGAGAAAAAGAAGAGUGUUAAAAAGAGGGAGUCUGGGAUUGAGAGGGAUGCCAGUGAGGGGGGAGACAGGACAGAGAGGAAGAAGAGUGCCAAAAAGAGAGACUCAGUGGUCACCCCAGAUAGUAGUGUGGAGAGAAAGAAGACCACCAAGAAAAAGGACACUUCUGGGGAUGACAUAAGUGGAAGGGAUGACACUGAGUCAGCUUACAUGUCGUCGUCUGUGAUAAAUGGUGAAGUGGGAGAUUUAGGGGAGGAGGAGGAAGAGGAGGAGAGGGGGGAAAGAGGGGAGAGUGGUAUUGGGCUGGGAGGCUCUGGCAAGGAAACAGCAAAACUGGACAAGUCGCUCAGUCCUCGGGAAUCCAAGGGGUCAGCUGAGGGUAAGGUCAGGUUACGGGAUGUGCAAGAGUCCCCCAUGGAAGUGGAGGAGGUGGUCAAGAAGUCCCCAAGUCGGUCCCGGUCAGGGGAGUCCAGCCGGGUGACUAAAGGGACGGCCAAGGUGUCUAGUCUCCGAGAGUCAGUGAGUCCCAUAAAGCAACCCAAGGGGGCAGCCCCAUCCCCCACCACCACCACCACCACAACCACCAUCACCACUACCACCACCACCAGUGCAGCUACAACCACAACUACCACUACUGCUGCUGCUGCUACUGUUGCUGCUGCUGCUGCUGCUGCAUCUCCGAAGGAAUCUCCACAAAAGAAGCCAUCGCCACCACCCAGUCAGCCUCCUAAGGUGAGGAAAACAGAUUCAAAGUCCUUAGUCCAAACAGCCUCCAGGGGUCAGGGUGAGGCCAGGCCAGCGGAGAGUGUGGCAUCUGGGAGCAGAGGGGCCAAUAGGGUAGUUAAGGCACCACAGCCAACCAGUGAGACGGAGAAGGUUCUGCAGGAGGCGACUGAUAAAAUUAAGUGUGAGGAGAAGGAGGUGAAGGAGCCACAAACUCCCAAUUCAGCCCAGCCAACAGGACGGCCUGAGAUGCGUAAAGGCAGCGGCCAUCCGUCGUCUGCCCCUACAACACCAGCUAGGAGUCGCGAUGGGUCCGAGUCGUCAGGCGAGGCAGCAUCCAGGCCAGCCAGACCAGACGGGGCCAGGCGGCAGUCAAAAGUUUUCAAAGCUGCGGCCAUGUGGGAGAAUGACCGGUCAAGCAGCACCUCGACUCCACCAGACAAGCUCAAGAAGCCUGUCCGCACAGGAGCGAGUGUCAUGUCCGAUCUGACCAAGAAGUUUGAGGUGAAGCCGAGUGUUGAGCACAGGAGUAAGGUGGUGCCGUCCCUCAAGGUAUCCGAUGCCAGGAAAGCUUUUGAGGCUAAGCCAGCUGAGAAGCCAACAAUUACACUACGCAAGAAGUCCACAGCAGAGACACUUCCUUCAUCUCCCACCACAGCCAAGGACACUCCAGCAGUGGCCCCCACUAAAGAGCCAGCUGCAGGAAAGUCAUCAGUCAGGGAAAAGCCCUCACCAGUCAAGGAUUUGCCCAAGGAAGCUGAAAAGCAGAGAGAAAAAUCACCCAAGGCUGUGAAAGAAAUACCAACACCAGCAGCAAGCAAGACAAAGGUGGAGGCUCAGCCAGAGAAAAAGAAGGUGGAGGAGCCAGCUAAGGAGAAACCAGAAGUGAUCAAGAAGACCCUUCCAGCAGCACCAACAAUAGAGAAAUCAAGCAAGGCUGAGAAGCAAAAAGAAACUUCCCGCCCUUCCGAGCCAACAUGCAAACUGACACCAACCAAGGAAAAGGAGGAAACACCAGCGGCCAAGCCCGAGAAAGCUAAACCAGAGCCCAAGCAGAUUCUCCGUCAAAGAGAGUCCUCAGAGUCAUCAGAAUCAGAGUCUGAGGCUGAGCGUCUCCUUAAAGUCCUAUCAGAGAAGCGGGAGAAAGUGGAAGCAGCCAAGCAGGAGAAACUCCGCAAAGUGUCUGCAGCUGCCAUUAAGGACCCCACAGCAGACAUGGCACCCAUUAAUGAAGAGCCACAGGCUAAACCAUCUUCCAAAGUUUCACCAGCUAAGUCUCCCACUAAGGCUGCUCCCAAUAAGUCAGCAGAAAAGGCUAUUCCCCAACCAGAUGCAAAAGAAAAUGCCCCAGAGCAGAAAUUCGCCACAUUACCACGUGGCUUCAAAACUAAGGGAGUUUCACAACCUGGCAGCCCUGCAGCACUGCCACCACCUGCUGACCGACCCAAAAAGGAUCGUGUCAACCAGGAGAUUGAGGGCAUGAUGUCAGCCAUCAAAGCAGUGGACCAGGCCAUCACUAAGGAGGAGGAAGAAAUCAAGAUGCUACGAGACUCCUUGGCACAGCGUCUGCCUGAGGAAGGGCCAAACAAGGGAGUAGUAGAGGAGCAAGUUAAGGUACCAGUGAAGGAUCAAACAAAGACAGUAGUGAAGGAGGAGGAAGAGGAGGAGGAGGAAGAAGAGGAGGAUGAAGAUGAAGAGGUAGAGGAGGAGGAAGUAAAAGAGGAUAAGAAAGAGGAGACCAAAGUGUUCAAAAAGGAGGAGGAGGAGAAAAGGACAGUAGAAAAGCAAGUUAUAGACAUCGUAGAAAAGCAAGUAGAAAAACCAGUGAAAGGAGAUAAAAAGCAAAUACAAAUAGAGAGGGAGAAAGAGGAAGAAGAGGAGGAGGAAGAGGAGGAGGAGGAGGAGGAUGAAUAUGAGGAUAAAGAAUAUGAGGAUGAUGAAGAAGAGGAAGUAGAAGAGAGAACACCAAAGUGGACUGGUAAUCGAGCACAGAUGAGCAAAAAGAUCAUUCCAGUACCACCAAAGCAGGUCCUCUCUUGUUCCAGCCAAAACAGGCCAGCCACUACCACCACCAUCAUAAUCAAACAGGGAGCAAGUGAGGGGCCACAAAAGGCACCGGAGACCCCAGACACAGACCGAAAGCAGACCAAACUAGAAAUUGUGCUCAACAACAAGCCAACCCAGCAGCAGCCUGAAGCCAAGCGUGCCUCCUAUGCAGAGAUCAAACUCUCUUCACCAUCCACCAAGGAGCCACCCAAGACAAAGGGAUUCAGAACAGAGGUGCAUGCCAAGGUGGAGGCAGUACCUCCGGAGCCAGUCACAGGACCAAAGCCAGGGCCAGGGCCAGGGCCUGGGCCUGGGCCAGGACCAGGAGAGGCACAGCUACAGCGAGCUAAGAGGGAACGCAUCAUCCCCAUCAUGAUGGAAGAUGAUGACGAAGAUGACGACACAACUGCCAGUGAAUCACACAUCCCUCUUGACAGCAACAGGCGUACUGGCUCCUCCAUGCCCUGCGGCAGUACACGCAUCACCCCUCUGACCUCACAGCUCCCCAACAGUCGUCCCCCUGAUCCUCGAACACCUCCUGUUUGCACUUCUGCACCAGAACCAAUAAGGAAGUCACGACGGGAGCGGAUCAUUCCCAUUGCCGUCGAGGGUGAAGGUUUGGUCACCCCGCCGCCCCAUGUGGAGGAAGGGGCAGGGCUUGGUGCAGCUCGGACACACCCGGCCUUCUCCCGCACCCUGUCUGGCCGCCCCAACACCCUCAGUGGGAUGGAGGGGGAAGCAGCCCCAUCACCCUCUUGUCCUCAGAGGUCACCAGCUGACUCUACCACAGCUUCUACUUGGCACACCCACUUCUCCCACAGUAACAGUCGGGGACGCGGCUUCCUGCUCGACCACAGUGAGAGCUUCAGUUCAGCUGGGGAGGAGGAGGAGGAGGAUGAGGAUGACGGUUUCCAGAUUCUGACUGCAGAGUCACUCUUUUCGACUCUUCUCAACCGAGUUCGUUCCCUCACACGGAAAAUGAAUGCAGAGGAUGGACGAGGCGACAGAGUCCGCAUGACAUCCAACCGACCAACUCCUGACCCCAGCGGAGGACCAGGGAUGCCUGGGGCCGUCCAUUCAGGCUCAGCUGGAUUCUGGUCAUCCCUCUACAACUCCCCACGGGACUCUCCAGCCAGAAGGAUCUCUGAAACCAUGUCACGCAGCAGCCUUGGUAGAGAUGAGGAUGGCCUGCCAGGUCUUGGCUCUCCUCUCUGGACCCGCAGUGUGUCACGGGAUCCCUCAGAUGCUGACACUCUCUUCUCCGAGGCAUCAUCCAGCGCCCAGUUUGGCACGCUGCCCAGAGGGUGGCGGGCGUCACGCUGGUCAGGGGCAGAGGAUGGCGGUGAGAGCGACACCUCAGAAGCUUCAGUCCGGUCCAUGGGGCGGCGCCCCCAGUACUCCCGUGCUCCCUCUAGGGAGCUGCACAACAUUCCUGAUGAAGACAUGGCAGUACCAAAUGGUCGAGGAGGCUACCUGGGUGGAGGAAUGUCGCUACCAAGGCCCUACUCAGCUUCCAGCAGUGGCAACCUGCACCAAGGCAGAGGAAUGCACGACUCAGCAGACAGAAUAGCAGCUAUGUAUGGAACCUUGCGAAGCCCAAUGAGACGCCCCCACUCCACUGUGGGUGGCUCGCCGGGGGAAUACUUAGGGAGGGAUGGUGGGCACUGUGAGCAGCGACAGUACAACAAUGCUGCCACACAAAAUGGCGCACAAGCGUCACAGUAUUCCUCAGGCAACUCACACCAACAUAACAGUGAAGACACCGAGACUUUGAAGCAGAGUGUGCAGGAGCAGCUGCAGCAGCUGGUGAGGGAGUUGGAGGAAGGUGAUGAUUCAUCUCCACAGAGUGAAUGGCAGGGGAGAGAUCGCAAGCCCCUCUACUCCUCCAAUCCUGCUCUCCAUCUUACUUGCCCUGCCAGCCUGGCUGGGAAUCACAGGUCAGUAAGUAAUGCUGACCUCAGUACAGUGGCAAAUGGUCCUUGCAUGUCAGCCUCCUCACUGGCACCUAAGGACAGCAACAGCUGCAGGGCUCUGCCACAGACUGGGAGGGGUGGCAGUGCUAGCCUGGUCAACAGAGACAGGACUGGUAGCCUCCGCCGAGUAUCUUCCCCACGUGGGGAGCUGACUCGACUGGGCAGCAGAGAUGGCUCGGGUCUGGACUCCUUACGCCGCAACCAGGGACGAGGCAGCUUGGACCUGCACUCUUAUCAGCGGGGCAGGUCUGAGGACCUUCGUCAUGCCUUAGAUUCCCUGUCAAGGAUGGACUCACACAAGCCUCGCCGAGUCUCCUCAAUGGCUGAGAGCCCAUCCCACACCUUACAAGACAAAUCAGACAACCGGGCUCCAACAGAAAACUGUGUUCCUUACUCCUAUAAUGAUGUGAACUCCAAACCAUCCAGCAAGAUCUUGCCACAGCAGCCACCAGCUACAGCCACUGCUAACAACAACAGUGACAAGAACAACAAUAGUAACAGCCUUGGCACCAGCAAGUCAAGCAGUGGUAUCCCCAUCAAGGCCAACACUAACAGUGUUCCUAAAGGUUCUGGACACACAAGGCAGGUGGAAAACACUACCACUUCCAAUAACAAUAACAAUAAUAAAAUCCCUAGCAACAAAGACAGCAGUAGCAGCAACAGUAACAUUCCCUGCAGUGGCAGUGACCUUCUCCAGCCCAUGAAAGUGUAUCACAAGAGCAAAUCCCGAGAACUGACACCUACCAUUGAGGCAGCCAGUGAGAAGAUCACUCAGCUCAACUCAGGAACACUAAAGCGAAUCUCACCUUUUGAGGCUUAUCGCCGCAGCAAAUCCCGUGACCUGCCCAUUGAUCAUAUCAAUGCCAACAACAAGGAGUCAUCAUCAGCCUCAAGGCUCAAGUCUCCACCACCCAUCAGCCCAGAGCGGCCCACUUCACCUCUUGAGAAAGCCAGUACCACAGAAAAAAAGACUGACAUCACCAAACCACCAACAGGGGAAUGUGAAGCAGGUGGGCAAGCCAGAGCCUUUAGCCCUCAGCCUUCAGCCAGUGUCAGCCGUUCCCCAAGUGCAGCCAAAGGUGACACCCCCAGUGCCUCAGGUAAAGCAAGCAGUCGGAUGGACAAGACCAGUGACCGUGUGCAGGAAAAGGAACAAGAGCCUGAAAAGAGUGAAGACAAAAGCAAAGUAAAAAAGACACCUUCUGGUGACUCUGACAAACCCAAAUCAAUGUACAAAAUGCUAACCUCUCGUUUUAACAGGUCCGCUUCCUUUAUAUCAGACAGUAACCGCUCUUCAGCAGCAACAGCAGAUGAUGAAGAGGGAGGAGAGAAGGAGGACAAGUUGCGGCUAAAGCGUCCUUCAAGGUUCCUCAACCUACGUACAGAGAAAAGUGCUUCCAAAACCAGUAUGUGUGAUACUGAAGAUGACAUUGAUAAGCCAGAGAAAAAACCUUCCAAAAAGCUUACUGAUGCACUGAACAAAUUUCUGGGUAGGAAAGACACAGCGAAGGAGGAAGUGCGCCCUACAGGACAUGUAGGUAACAAGGCCACAGGGCAAGAUAAGAUCCCACAAACCAACGACCAGUCCAGAAAACUGUCAAAAGCCAAAGGUAAGAAAAAUGAUGAAGAUCUUACCAAUCUCCAUGAAAAGUCAUGCAAUGGUGAAGAGAGUGCCAAAGAAAUAGUGUCUCAGGCCAACCCUGUCCUUGCUUCUGGCACCACUACUACAACCACUACCACCACCACUGCCACCACCACUACUGCCACACAGCCAGGCUACACCCUUGAGUCUGCCACCAAGAGCAUUUGCAAUCACCUAUCACAGUUGGAGAGUGACAUGACCUCACGCAUUGGCAACAUGGGAACACAGGAGCAGCGGGGCAGUAGCGGUGGUGGAGUUCGGCCCAGCGGGAGUAGCACUGGGCGGAUAGCAGCAGCAGCAGCAGCAGCAGCAACAGGAACAAAUAUCAGCACAUAUGGGCUGUCUCCAGCAUUGGCCAACCGCCGCAAUGGCCGUCCCACCAACUUGGACACUGCAGCCAGUAACAUGGAGGCCAACCAACAUGCUGGUCGAGCCCCAUCUGCUCCCCCACCAGGCCGGGCUGCUGCCUCCACAAGAACCACAGUGGCAUCCCGCUCCUUCACCACCGAGGUUGACAAGGUUAAGGUGCAAAAGCCACAGGAACCUCGGAGUCCAUCCCCACCUUUCACUGAGUGCCCUGAGGAGCAGCGAGGAGGUCAGAGUGAGGGUGAGGAUGAGAGUGUGAUGGACCGCAUCACCCGCAAGAGUUACUACUCCAAAUUCCAGGACAAAAAGCGACCCAAGCUGUGGAGAGCCAACACAAAGGAGGACAUGGACCAGCAGCUGGCAGCCGCCAAAGCACGCCUGCUCAAGGAGGAACGAGAGGAGACAGCAGCCCUUGCAGCUCGCCGACUGUCUUCACCACGUUCUCCACCACCUUGGGAUCCCAACCGCCCUGGCACCCGCACUUCCUUGCCACCCGAGGAGGCUGCCAGCCUCUUGCAGGUUGGAGGCCGACGGAGCAGUUCCCUUCAACCAGAUCACCUACCCGGACCUCUGCCACCUCUCAUAUCAGGAGAACCUGCCCAUCAUCCACACUUACCUUCCCUGCCCCCCAAUGACCCCUACCUCUAUCCCCGUGCACCUUCCAUGCCCCGGGAUGACUACUUACCCUGUGGUGCCAGGAUGCAGCCUGGCCAAUAUGGGCGCCGUGCCACUUCAUUAGCCCCCGAUGACCUUUCAGGGCAGCCCGUGGGGGAACCCUACGCACAGGAUGGAAUGACAGCACCAAUGGGACCAGUACCAUACAUGGGACAAGCUGGCACUAAUGGCUCCCUACAGCGAGGCGAGCCAGGACACUGUGAGCCACCUCUAGGACGCAUACGGAGUCCUGAGCCAGCCAGCGUGGAGGAGAGCCGCUCACAAGCCAGAGAAGAGUUGUCCAGGCGUCUUACACACCUGACGCGGCUUUCUGGAGGCAGUGGGACAGGCAGCUGGAUCCACAACCCCCACAAAGAGGGGGAGCAGCGUCCAUACCGCCGCACCAGUACCACAGGCCAUCUGACAGGGGAGGUGACAGGUCCUCCCGUCUACCGCCGCACCAACACCAUGGACCUGCCUCCUGCCGAUGCUCGCGCACGUCCUGGCAGCGAUUACCGGCGUCACUUGCAGCAGGAGCCCGCACGCCGCUAUUCAGCUGCCAGCCGUGGCCGUGGCGCCCCCCGGGGAAGAGUCUUCAUCCAUGAGACACUGGUGGAAGGACAGCCUCUGGUCAACCCGAGCCCUAACCCUCGUCUCACACCCCAACACCAACAGCCACACCCCAAUCCUACCCGUUUCUCACAUCCCACCCCAUACAUCCCUCCAUCACAUAUAAACUCUCCCUCCUCAACCUCUUCUUCCUCAUCCCACCUCACCUCUCCAUCCUCUAGUUCCUCCUCGUAUCGGGGCUCGGGUCCCUAUUCUUCUUCGUCCUCAGCCCUUGAUUCUGCCCGCUACAACUCUCCUGUGAGACGCAAGACUUCCCUCUACAGAUACUGAGACAACCAUCAAGAGGAAAUGAAUAGAAAUUAACAGUAUGGGUUUCCAGUACCUAACUAAUAACUUACUCUGUGGCACAAAGAUUUUUGUAAUUUGAAGCUUGGACAAAAGGACACAUUUAUUAUGAAGAUGUAGCCAAGAAAGUCAAGAAGAAAGAAUAAUGGAGGUAUAUUGUAAAGGAAAGAAAUUAAUGAAGGCAGUAUUGCAUUUACUCAUAACUGUAUAGGUAUAGUGUUUUGGUGAUGGAAAAGAAUGUGAAUUGUGCUCCUGUGACUGUUAAUAUUUGCAUGUAAAGUAACAUGAGUGGGGGUAAAGAUAAAUUUAUGCCUUAUAUCAUGUUGCUCAAAAAGUCUCAAUAGAGUAUCCAAUUUUUUUACAGAAUUUUUCUCAUUGAGCUGGCACUCAUCUUUACACUCAUUAUUAUUGUUAACAUAUUGCUCUGUUCCUCCCCACUUAUACUCUAAACCAGAUUCUGACCCCACAGUUUAUACUUACAAAUUAGCACAUCUCCCUGUAAGGUUUAGUAUAUACAACUUUUCAAAACAACAGAUUGUGAGUAUUCAUCUGCUAUAAUAUUGCUGCCUCCCUUGAUGUUAUUGUUUAGUGUUGCAGCCUUGUUCUCUCUCCUCCCUGCACUGUGGUGGCAAAACUGAUGAUCCACAAAAGUAAUUAAGUAUCAAAUGAAUAAAUAUAAGUGUUAAUAAAGUCACAGUCGGUAGUCAGCUUUAUCUGCCUCACUUGCUUCCAUUCUCUUUAGCACUUCCCGUCUGAUCAUUUUUGAUCUGUUGCUCAAAUUAUAGCUGUGCUGGUGCUACUGAUACAAUAUAUGUAGUGGUGCUGAAUGAGCAGCGGCACACCAGCACAGGCUGUAAGGCUUCUUUCUGCUGAACUCGUAUGAGAUAGUCUGAGGCCUCCUACGCAGCCAAAAUUUGCAGAAGAUACACCUCUCUGUUGUUUGACUGGGACUUCUAAAUUGUAAAAUAAGAGGGUCAUAAAGCAUUCUUUAACUGAAGAGAAGAAAAAUAAGAUACACAUUUUUCUGAGAUAUUUCAGCUAUCAGUUUGAAGGAAAUAUAAGGUACAGUUACAUUUUACACUUUUCCAAGCACAAUUUAAAAGAAAAGUCCUGUUGCUUAUAGGAAGAUAAGAACUGCAUUAUACUGUGAAAACAUGAGGCAGGAAUUGUUGUGAGAUUUUAAUGUGCUACAGUAAGUUAGUAAUGAAAAGUGGCAAGGGAUAGAGGUGCAACAAUGAGAGAUAGAGUCUACCCCAUUAGAGAUAUUUUACAUGUUUGUUACUGAUUACAACAAAAUAACAACCAAAUAAUAUUACUCAUUGCCCUCAUCCUGAUUCACUCAGAAAAGUCCAGUUCUGCAGAGAGGAAAAAGUCAGUCAGCCCCAAACUCUUAACACUCCUGCAACUGUUCCCCUGGAGCAGUCAGCAGGAGACUCAGUCUCCACUUUAAUUUUGUCAUAAAAUCUCAUGGUACGGCACACCACAAGGUGAAAAAAAACCCUGAAUAAACAUUGAUAAAUAAAUCAAACAAGUAAUUAAAUAAAUAAAAUGUCAACUGAAAAUCAAAAUAAAUUAACAUAUUGCAAAUGCUAGCUAUAAAUUGGUUGAUCUGUGAUGUAAGCUUGAGCUACACUGCAGUGAGCCAGGAGUUAAUUACUGCACUACAAAGCCACCAAACCUAAGUCUGAUGUUUUACUGAAGGAAAGGAAAUUUAACUGCAGAAACCUGAAGUGAUGCAUGUCACUAAAGAAAUAGUGGUAGCAAUGAAGGUAGAUGGAGAAUGAUUUAGUUACCAUCCUCCAUCUUAACAGUGCUGGAGGCAAAGGUGCAGCUCACACAGAUACACCAAAGUAGGCACAGCAAAACAAGGCUGCCACACAACAGCCACAUAUCCAACUUGACAUUCCUUUAACACAAUACUGACUUCCCUCUUCAUGAGCCACCUCCCUAUCUGAUCACUCCUAAAUGAAUAACUAUUAAUAAAGUUCAUGUGCCACAAAGCACACUGUCAUGUUAUCAACUCGGACUGAAAUACAAGUUUCUCAAUAACUAACACACUAAGUAGACUAAGUUUGCUAGUCAUUAAGUCACAUUAUGUGGCUGGAUCUUAAUUUUUAUACCAAAGACCAAAAUCUGGGAACACUUGGUGCUACUUGUUCAAUUUGACCAAAUCCAGCCAUAGCAGUGCCUUGGGAGCCUUCCAGGGAAAUCUUUUGUUAUGCAUAGCUUUAAAAAUACUGUACAUCUUCAAUAACAAAGUAGAUACACUCAUGAGUAUACGUACAUCAUGAAUCUAAACAUAUGCCUUCUACAGAUUUUGAUUUUUCAGUGUAACUCAUAAAUCUACACAAAUACUAUGGGAUACUCACCACACCCAGGACUCACAUGUAAGGCUGCAGUUCGCCAAAAAACGCCUCUUGCAAGUUUGAAUGUACCAGAUCUUUAGACACUUGAAUGUAUAUACACAAGUUGUUAGCUAUAAAUUACGUAAAGACACCAACAUUAAAACAACUUACAUGGGCUCUUGAUGAUGUAAGAGUAGAGUCCAGUGUUGCUAAGUCCCUUGAGAAGCUUACCAACCAUUUGGAGGAUAGGUCACCCCAAGCUGGCAGAGAAAGAUGGUACAAUUAUAUGCCCAUACUUACUCUGUGAGGGUGGUUAGAUCCUCUUGUACUGUGCCUUCAUUGUAAAUAUAGAUGGGAACACAAAAAUGACCUUAUUUUGUCUCAAUUGUAUUCCUAGUAAAUUUGUCCAGUGCAUGCCUGUGCAUUGGAGGACGUCAUGGCUUCCUCCAACACUCACAGGCAGUUGGGCUAUGUAUGUAUGUACUUUCGUGCCACUGUGAUUCUAGAUUGUAUCUGUAGUUCUUUUUAUUAUGAGGUGUUGUCUAUUAAUGGUUAAGCCUUAGUGGAGAAGGUGUGGUUUGUGCUCGUCUUGUCCGACAAGCUUUACAGAUGAAUGUGUGUGUGUUGGUGUUGGCAGUUGGUGUCAUUAUUAAUGAUGCCAGACAGUACCACACUAUGUUAUCCUUUAUUACUACUUUGAGUGAGAAUGAAAGCUAUUACUUCUUGUACAUAUGUCACAAUCAUCUACCUUUGUAUAUUUAUCAAUCAAAAUUAAAAGUGAGGAUGAUGACUACCAAGGAGUCAGUUCUCAACCUGGCCUUACUUCAUCCCUCCUGCUAGCAGGAAGGUAAAAACCAGUGAAAGAAAGAAAUCUUAGAAUGAGUUUUGAGCACCAAGCCAACAAUACAAUUGGCUAUGUAACACUAAAACUGUUAUAGUUAUGUUUAUAUUAGGUGAACAGUAUGAAGCUUGGACAAAAGGACAAAAUAUUUGGUAUGGAGAAAGUUGCUAAGAAAGUGCAGCACAGGAAAUGGUUGUUGAUAAUUUUUAUUUCACCAAUAUGGUAUUGGCCAGAAUGCAGCAGCAACAACAACUACCAGCACUCUGGCACUUCUAUGUUGUUCCUGUGAACAUUAAAGUUGGGAAGAGCUG